AUAACAGGAAGUUGUAGUUCCCGCUACUUCCUCUCCGCGCAAGAUGUCUGCCCGGGUGCUUGUAGGAGUUAAGCGGGUCAUUGAUUACGCUGUUAAGAUUCGGGUGAAGCCGGAUAAAACAGGAGUAGUAACCGAUGGAGUCAAGCAUUCCAUGAACCCUUUUUGUGAGAUCGCCGUAGAGGAGGCCGUGCGUCUCAAGGAGAAGAAACUCAUCAAGGAAGUGAUUGCUGUGAGCUGUGGGCCCCAGCAGUCCCAGGAAACAAUUCGUACAGCUUUGGCUAUGGGAGCGGACAGAGGGAUUCAUGUUGACGUCUCUGGCAAAGAUUAUGAAAAUUUAGGGCCGCUUCAGGUAUCGAAGAUUCUUGCAGCACUGGCUAAGAAGGAGGACGUCCGUCUUAUAAUCUUGGGGAAGCAGGCGAUUGAUGAUGACUGCAAUCAGACCGGUCAGAUGACUGCUGCCCUGCUUGACUGGCCACAGGGAACAUUUGCAUCACAGGUCGAUUUCCAAGAGGACAGCCUGAAAGUGGAACGUGAAAUUGAUGGAGGUUUAGAGACAAUAAAGAUCAAGAUGCCGGCAGUCGUGACUGCAGACCUCCGCUUGAAUGAACCCCGUUAUGCCACAUUGCCAAAUAUCAUGAAAGCAAAAAAAAAGAAGAUUGAUACCGUCAAGCCGUCUGACCUUGGGGUGGAUUUGAGUCCACAGCUAGAAGUGCUGAGUGUGGAGGAGCCUUCCCAGAGGCAAGCAGGGGUGAAAGUGGAAACAGUAGAAGACCUCAUAAAGAAACUCCGGGACUCGGGCAGGAUAUAGAUUGCAUUUAUGGAGAAGGAAUUCUGUCCUUGUGAAGUCCUAGCAGUCUUGUGAUAUCAGAGACGAGGCCCUUUUGUCGAACGCGUUGGCUGUUGAGUCGGUGCGACCGAACCACCCUUUCCUUGCUGAUGGAGUCUCGUGAUUGCGUCAUCAUGGACAGACAGAAUGGGAAUUUCCUAGCACAUAUAGUUCAAGUGGUGGUCAUCUUCACCCAAGUGCUUAAUUCACACUUGAUUGUAUUGGGGGGAGCACGAUGCAGUUUAAAAUAAAUCGGUUUGUAAGCAUCAUUUGGUAAAUUAGGUACAUUAAUUCACUGCAGAUAUCACAAAUACUGAUUGUAUCGGGAGGGCAGUUUCUAGUGCUGAGCUCUUUGAGGUUUAGAGCUCACGUAUUUAAUCUGAAGAUCAUAAAGAAGCAUAAACAAUC